AUGAACAGUUCCCACGAGCUUUUGUUAACUGCACUUAUAGCAACUUUUGCUAUUUUUCACCUUGUUCAAGCUCAAGAACAAGAAGGAUUCAUAAGUUUGGAUUGUGGGUUAGCUCCGACUGAGCCGUCCCCUUAUACCGAGCCGGUAACUACGUUACAGUACUCAUCGGAUUCAAACUUCAUCCAAAGUGGGAAACUUGGUAGAAUUGAUACAAGUCUACAGACAUUUUUCCUAAAGCAACAAACAACGUUAAGAUACUUUCCAGACGGAAUACGCAAUUGUUACAAUCUUACGGUCAAGCAGGGAACCAACUAUUUGAUCAGAGCUAGGUUCACAUAUGGGAAUUAUGAUGGUCGUAAUAUGUCUCCUACCUUUGAUCUAUACUUGGGCCCCAAUUUGUGGAAAAGAAUAGACAUGACAAAGUUACAAAACAAAGUUAGUACAUUGGAGGAGAUUACAUACAUUCCAUUAUCAAACUCUUUGGAUGUGUGUCUUGUUAAGACAAACACGACCAUUCCAUUUAUAUCGGCCUUAGAAUUAAGGCCUUUACCAAGUAACAGUUAUAUCACUACGGCCGGUUCAUUGAGGACGUUCGUGCGGUUUUGUUUCAGCAAUUCAGUGGAAGAUAUACGGUUCCCGAUGGAUGUCCAUGAUAGAAUGUGGGAAUCAUACUUUGAUGACGACUGGACGCAGAUUUCCACUAGUCUUACAGUGAACACAUCCGAUAGUUUUCGUCUGCCACAGGCUGCCCUCAUAACGGCUGCAACACCUGCGAAGGAUGGUCCAUCAUAUAUAGGUAUCACGUUUUCUACCUCCUCUGAAGAAAGGUUUUUCAUAUACCUCCAUUUCUCCGAAGUUCAAGCUUUACGUGCCAACGAGACUAGAGAAUUCAACAUUUCGAUUAACGGAGAAUCUGUUGCCGACUUGUAUAGACCUGUAUAUCUAGUUAUCUACAGUCCAAGACGAAAAUUAUCUUCAAAGGGGUUAACGGGAACCAUAGCAGCUGAUAUUCAAUAUCUCACCUCUCUAGAAAAGUUGGACUUGUCAGAUAACAAGUUGGUGGGAGUAGUGCCUGAAUUUCUAGCUAACAUGAAAUCACUAAUGUUCAUAAACUUGACCAAGAAUGAUCUGCAUGGUUCAAUUCCACAAGCACUUCGCGAUAGAGAAAAGAAAGGACUGAAAAUCUUGUUUGAUGGUGAUAAGAAUGAUCCAUGUUUAUCUACCUCUUGUAACCCAAAGAAGAAAUUUUCGGUCAUGAUUGUUGCAAUUGUUGCUUCGACAGUCGUCUAUACCACCAUCACCAACUACGCCAUUAGAGAAUGUUAUGUCCACUAG